AUGUACCCAAGAGUGGCACUUACGAGAAUCCCAAUGCUGCGCGCCGCAACUCGCCAGCCGCGCCUUUCCCUCCCUCUUCGAAACACCCGGAAUCUGACGACGGGGAAGAGCGCCUUUGAUGGUCCUGGUGGCCAGUCAUCGAUCCCCAAGUCGCCGAUGGGAGGCAGCGAUAUCGCAAAGCGGAACUGGCGUGCGAUUGGCGGUGGCCUCGCGGUGCUGGCAGGCCUCGCCUACUUCAUGGGAGGGCGCCCCAAGAAGGAUCAGAUGGAGCCGGUCGCGAGGGAGGGAGAGCGCGGGCUGAAGAAGCUGGAGGAACAUGCGAGGAACGCCGCCGGUGAGCUAAGCGGCAAGAAACCCGGCGGGAUGGGCGGUUUCCGCUCGGAGUGA